AUUAUUUAAUUAUAAUAUUCCAACGUUCGGCAAAAAAUAAAACGAAUACAUCAAUAGUCUUGAAACAUGGAGGGCGAUACAUUUCAGCAAUGGAAGAAUCAGUGUCUUAAUAAGUGUGAUUUCAGUAAGAAGGGCAGUGUGGAUGAGGACAUUUCUCAUAUUGUCUCUUUUAUUAACAGUCAUGAUCGGUACUUCACGACAAGCUCUUGCUCCGGAAGAAUCAUCCUUUUUGACGGGGUGUCGGAUUGCCCUGAUGUGCAAAAGCAAAACUGUUCCUGGUUAUUUGUCACCCAUCAGAAGUGCCAAAAGGAAGAUGUGGUCACAGGUCUGGAAAAGUCUGUUGGAGAUGCCACUUUCAAGUUUGAGCCGUUUGUCCUUCACAUUCAGUGUAAACAGCUUGAGGACGCCCAACUACUGCACACUGUUGCAAUAAACUCGGGCCUCAGGAAUUCUGGUACAACUGUGGGAAAGAAAGGCAAGAUCAUCAUGGCGGUACGCAGCACACAUUGUCUUGAGGUUCCUCUCAGCCACAGGGGUAACGUCCUCGUCACUGACCAGUACCUUGAUUUCCUCGUCGGAGUUGCGAACCAGAAGAUGGAAGAAAAUCUUAAAAGAAUAGAGAGAUUCUAUGAGUGCCUACAAGGUGCCCUACAACCUCAACAGCAGAGGUGUAGUUUAAGGGAGGAGGCUGACAAGAAACCCAUCUACAGACGGAGGAGGAAAAGAACACAGGACGAUUCAGUGACAGACUGUUGCCAGAGCGUCAAAGAACAUACUGAAAACAGUGAAGAGGAAAUUGACUGUGAUCUGCUGUUUUUAUCUUAGGAAAUCUUUCUUUUCAUCAUCUUGAACAGUGCACAUUUAUUCAAUAAACACCCCUUUAGUGUGAAGUACCAGCCCAUUAGACGUUCCUCACAUUAAAGUUUUAUGUGAACAUUAGACAUAAACAACAGUGUAUUUUUUUUUAAUGACAAAUAUAAGUUAAACAGUCUCAUACCCACUUCCUUUAGGAACCUUUUUGAUAAGGGGUGUCUGCUUCCUGAAUAACUCGGUUUCAUUUGCCUCAUUAUUUUGCAAGAGCUUGGUGAAUCUGUUUUAGUUUAACAUGCCCUUACUUCAAAGCUUUUGUGUGCGUAAACCUUAAUUUUUUUGCUUGUGCAGAAGGAAGAUGUUGUCCAGCGUUGUCCCUCACAGCAAUGUAUAAAUCGACCGUGUUAUUCAUCUCCAACAAGCAAUCUGUCAGACGUCGUCGUAAAAACGCUGUGUGGUUUGGAGCACAUUUCCUCUGGAUUAGAAGGCAUUACUGUCGGGGCCGAGUUCCGCAACGCCUCAUUUGGGAGACUUGGCUCAUUAACAGUCCGCUCUCCGCCAUGUGCAUCUGCUUCAUUCUGCCUUUGAUUUUUCAUUUUCAUUAAAGACUUUGAUUGUUUUAAUGAAGACAGGAACUAUAAAGCAGUUUUUUGUAAUGUUGAAAUAAUUCACUUGUAUUUAUCAGCUCUAAUAAAAGUAUUUUUAUCAAAA